GCUUGAGCAGCGCUGCCUCGGUUUGUUCUCUGAUCGGUUGUUUUUGCAAUGGCCUUGCGCAGCGCUCCCUCAGUCUGUUCUCUGAUUGGUCGAUAAUGCGGUGGGCUGGGACAGAGCUGUCAUUACAGACAUCCACCACCAACGGAGAGACAAUAGGGCAACAGCAGUCGCUCUGUCGGACGCAUCAGCGAAAUGUGCACAAGAAUCAAUAAUAUUACAUCAAGGCUUUAAAAAAAUAACAGAGAGGACAGCUGAAAGACACAUACAUUGCUCCUGAUGUUCUAAUAAUUAACUUUGACCACAACGGAAUGACUGCGGGGGUUUGCGCAUCAUUUGUUCCUUGAAAGAUUUCUAAAUCAUCCCCGUUGUCGUGGUAACUGGCCGCUCUGUCUCUGGAAUAAUGAGCUCCUCACCCCACAUGUCCCGUUCCUCUGUUGACAUCCUGGAAGAGCUGCAGCUCAUCACUGCUGAGAACCUGGAGAAGCUGGACUUUAAUAAAUACUAUGAGGUCAUCAGGGAGCUUGGCAAGGGCACCUAUGGCAAGGUGGACCUGGUCAUCCACAAGAUCAGAGGCACGAAAAUGGCUCUGAAAUUCUUGCGGAAGAAAACCACUAAGCUGAAGAGUUUCCUUCGCGAGUACAGCAUCUCUCUUUACCUGUCACCUUGUCCUUUCAUCAUCAACAUGUUUGGCAUCGCCUUCGAAACUGAUGAAUACUACAUCUUCGCUCAAGAGUAUGCGCUGGCAGGCGAUCUCUUUGACAUCAUUCCUCCGCAGGUUGGACUGCCGGAGAACGUUGCCAAGCGGUGUGUGCACCAGGUGGCGAUUGCACUAGAUUACCUGCACUGCAAGAAGCUGGUGCAUCGUGACAUAAAGCCGGAGAAUGUCCUCAUCUUUGACAAGGAUUGCCGGAAGGUGAAACUGUCAGACUUUGGCAUGACACGCCGUGCCGGCUCUCCAGUGAAGCGAGUGAGCGGAACUAUCCCAUACACGGCGCCAGAACUGUGCGACCCCGGCCGGCAGGAGGGUCUGUGCGUGGACUACAGCACUGAUGUGUGGGCCUUUGGUGUGCUUCUGUUCUGCAUGCUCACUGGGAAUUUCCCCUGGGAAAAAGCGCUGCCGUCUGACGCCUUCUACGAGGAGUUUGUGCGCUGGCAGCAGCGGCGGAGGCGGACCAGCGCAGUGCCUUCGCAGUGGCGGCGUUUCACUGACGAGGCGCUCCGCAUGUUCCGCUGUCUACUGUCCAUCGAGCAGGACCGCCGAUGCUCCGUCAAAGAGGUCUUUAGCUACUUCAAUCACUGCUGGAUGCUCGACACGGAGAACGGCAAUACGACCCAUGCCUCAGGUGGUAACUGCAAUGGUGGCUCAAUGAUGAAUGCCCAUCAGGCUGAGCUUAGCUCUUCUUCCUCAGAAGAAGAUGAGUUGGUGGACCGUUUGAAGCAACAGAGCUUGUCGCCUGUGUGUGGGGUAGCUAAAGGAGGCAUCGUCAUGGAGCCGGUGGCGGCGCACUACUCCUCUACCUCCACCAACAGCCCUGCUUCCUCCAAUGGUGGCUAUGAGCGCGUUUCUCGUGACAACAACGGCAACAGUGGUCGCAUCCUGGUCACAACACCAAUUGAAAUAUGCGUAUAGAGAGCUCACUGGCAUUAACCUACCUUGCACACAUACUUGGGAUCACUAGAUGACAAUAAGGACUCAAGUCCUCGUAAAGCAUCAUAGGAAAAGUCGGUAGCUGACGCACAAGUGCUCCAAGAGCAUCCCAAGGAGAGUUGACAGCGUGAAACUGUUCCUGAUGACGAGUAUCUCUGAGGGAAUGUGUAAGACAAUCGCCAAAGCCUGCCGAUUGUGUAUCAACCAUGUUUUCCACGUAUAAUUAGACCAAAAUGGUUGAAAAAAGUUGGAAACUUUAGAAGAAUAGGGGAAAAAAAACUCUUCUAUGAAAAUAUGAAGCAAUAUGUUGAUUUUUUGGCAAAAAAAAUAAUUGAAAUGAGUAGAGAUUUUAAAAAACUUUGAUUUAGAACAUGAAAAAAAACAGCAAAAACAUUUCACGUGGAGAUUUAACGUGGUUUAGGAAGCACAGUAGGAGCUGUGUUGGUAUUGUUUCGUGCUUGUGUAUCCCUGUGGUCAGUGGAUAUAACUUUGGAAGCUUAUUGAUUACUUUAUAAGUGUGUUGUAUUAUUAAUUUAGGUCUUGACCUUUUUGUUAUUUAUUUAAUACUGUAGCAUUACAGUGUUUAAUUAUAAUUUGCGGAGAAACUGCACUGUCAAUUCUCAGUUUUUGCUCACUAUGAAACCAAAACUGGCAAGAAAAAGUCAUUUAAUUGCAGAAGACUGUUAGGGAGGUUUGAAAGUUAGGUGCAAAAACUCUCUUCAGAGUAACGCAUAGAUGCAAUCCAUAUAAUUCCUCUCUAUCUAGGCAUGCAGCACUUGGCCCUGCGUCACCAAAAUAGUUGUACAAAUCUUGCAUUCAGAGAAAGGGCUGUGUGUGCCCCACUAAAUGCAAGAGCGAUUUAGACACGACGGCUCCCAGAAGCACAGUUCAAAAACCAUUCAGCUCUUGUGUGUUGACAUACAGUUCAUACAACGUAAGAACAGUACAAUACAACAUUAUAAACAUUUCCUCUUUUUUACAUUCUCUCUGAGCAUCACGGAUGGAGCCCUGAUAGCACACGUAUUUCACUGAAACGUCUUUUUGAUUUCCUCUAGAUGUCAGUUUUAGAUCCCUUGCAGUGUCUUGGAGAAGUUCCCGUCGGACGUUAGAACGUUUUAUAUUAUUAUAUAUGAAUUUGCUCUUUUCAAGAUGUUUAUCAGGUGUUUGUACUCGAAACGCAAUGCUCUAAAAGAAUGUUAUGCUUUCCAGAUGAUGUUGUCUUUCAUAGAUGUCUUGUUGAUAUACGUGUGCUUACCGAGUGAAGGAUUUCUCAGGUAUACCAUUCACUGUGUAAUAUUGAAAAGUCAACAUGAAGUCAAAAUUUAUCCUAUUUACUUUCUUAAUAUACAUUUUCGGUCUUACUGUGCACGGAUCAGUGCACAUUAUUCAAAUAAAAAAUUUCCACCUCUAAAAAGGUUUAAUUUUUUUGAUUACAUCACAAAUCCCUCUUACUUUCAAACCCUCCCCUCCAACCACCUGACUUUAUUCUGGAAUGUAACAGCCAAUCAGAGUAAUUCAAAUGACUCCCUACAUUUUUUUUUUUCUCAUUAAAGGAUUAGUUCACUUUCAAAUUAAAAUUUCCUGAUAAUUUACUCACCCCCAUGUCAUCCAAGAUGUUCAU